GAUAUUUUGCAUUGAUAAUAAUUAAAAUUUACUGGUGCCGAUGUUUAAAUGUUUUUUUGCCUAGAAUUAACUUGCUCCAAAUAAAAUAAAUAAAUUGGUUACCUAAAUACGUUAAAAAUAGGAAACAUUUUUAAUAUACAUCAUUUACAAUGAUCGAAGGAUUAAUUUUCGAAUAUUUCGAUCGUAUUAAAUGUACUUUCAGCAAAAUUGAAAUUGGACUAAUCUAAAUAAAUGUGGUGGAUCAAUUGCAAUGUUCUUACUUCUAACUGAAUUAUGAUCAUUGUAAUAUAAUCUUUAGAAAAUCAACACAAAUUUAACAAUCAUGAUGUUUAAAGCAAAAAUUUUAUUAAUUGGAGUCAUACUCACUUUGGUAAUCACUCUAUUAUUGUCACUGUUGUAUGUGCGAGAACUUGAAAAUGGUGGAAAUAUACGCUCAAAAGAACAGGCUUCUUCCAUGUUCAAGGGCAAUAAACUUGGCAUUAUAAUACCAUUUAAAGAAAGGUUUGACGAGCUUUUAGAAUUUGUACCACAUAUUAAUUCGUUCCUAAAAAACCAAGAUGUAGUCCAUGAAAUAUUUGUUAUCAACCAAGUUGAUCAGUACCGUUUUAACAGAGGUUCAUUGAUUAAUGCUGGAUUUAAAGAAAUAAUGUCCUUAUAUAGCAUGAUUGAUUAUAUAGCUAUGCAUGAUGUUGAUUUAUUACCUCUUAACCCCGCACUUGAUUAUCAUUAUCCUCCAACUGGUCAUGUUAACCACAUUGCUGCACCUUAUUUGCAUCCACGAUACCAUUAUGCUUCAUUUGUGGGUGGCAUUCUACUUAUUACCAAAGAAGACUUUAUACAAAUUGAUGGCUUAAGCAAUAAUUAUUGGGGUUGGGGUCUUGAAGAUGAUGAGUUCUAUUUACGUCUUAAAGAAGCCAAGAUAGGUAUCCAUAGACCAGGAAAUUUAACAACAGGCAUAUCAAAUACAUUCAGACACAAUCAUGAUCGAACUGUUAGAAAACGCGAUAUGACAAAAUGCUAUAACCAACGCGAAGUAACAAGAAAACGUGAUAGACACACUGGAUUACAUAAUGUUAAUUAUUUUGUAAAAAAAAAACAUGAGUUGCUCAUAGAUGGUGUACCUACACUAGUGUUGGAUAUAGAAUUAAAAUGUAAUAAGACUUUAACUCCUUGGUGCUUAUGUUCAGAGUAUGGUAUAAAAAAUACUAAAAAUGUUAAAAAAGGCAAGUAAAUAUUAUAUUUAAAGUAAAAUGAUAUUUAGGUUGAGUUUAUUCGUGAGAUUAAAUUUUAUAGCUGUGAAUUUUAUUAUAAUGUUAAUAUUACUCAGAAAGUACAAAUUUAUAUUUUAUAACUAAAUACCAAAUUUCACAAAUUUAUCACUAAAACCUUUCAACAUUAAAAAAAAAAAAAAAAAAAAAUUGAAUCUGAGUUAGGUAUAAACUUGCCUAAUAUAAAAUCUAACAUAUUAUGUAGGACAAAUUUAAAUAAAGGAACACAUUAUGAAAUUAUCUACUAUAUUUAUUAUUUGUUUGACAAAGUUAAAUAUAUUUAGCUUCUUUUAACUUACCACAUUAAAUAUGCACUGAACUUCAUUACUAUUUAGUGAUGCAGUACAUCUAAACAGAUACUUCAGUACCUCAAUAAAAAUAGUGAGUGUAUUAAAGUCCCUUGUAUAUAUUUACUAUACCCCAUAACAAUUAACUUGUGACACAGUAAUUGUGUUCAAAUUAAAUAUUAGUAAAUAAAUAUGUAUAAAUAUAAAAUUGACAUAACUAAUUAUUAUUAUUAUUUUUUAAGAAAAAACUAGUAAGGCGACAGAUUAAUGUCUCAAAAUAAUCAACCUAGGACAUAAUUUUUUUGAGAGACGGCAAUUUUGUAUUAAACUUAUAUUUUGUAUAUUUCUUAUAUCAAUUAUUUUGUUUAAUAGCAGGCUUAUUUAAACCUUAAUUAUUCUCUAAAUACCUAUUGUAUAAUAUCCCACUUCACAAUUACGAUGAUUCAUAAAAUAUAAAAGUAUGAACCUAAACAAUUAUUAGUCAAACCAUGUUUAUUUUUGUUGGUGUAUAAUUGAAACAAUACAAAAAAAGUUAACUAGGGGCUGCAAUGGUAUAAAUCCGUCCCUGAUCUAGUAAAAAUUUAGCAUCUAUAAAAAUAAGCCUUAUUAUAAUUGUGUUCAUAUAAGUUAGUAAUAAGUUAUAAAAUAUACAUUUUUAAUUAUUAUUUUAUUAUGUUAUUGUUGAUUGGAUUC